AUGGAAUCCCAUGAUUCUUUUCAUGAUAUCAUGAGCCAUAUACAUGUGGAUCCAAAUAGUGAGCUGCAUGAGAUCCGCAUAGUGCACAAGAUACUUGAGAUCCAAAUAGCAAGUGAGCUAAGAAAGACUACUUGUAAUCCAAAUUUCUAUCCAGUUUUGAAAAUUCUAGCUGAGGAAGCUGGUUGGAAAUUUGCAAAAGAAAAUGGGAUUGAUUUGGUCACCAUUCAUCCAGGACUUGUACUUGGUCCUCUUUUACAACCAACUAUCAAUUCGAGUGUGAAAAGAAUUACGAAACUAGUGAAUGGUAUAAUAUUAAAAGAGCUCUACCCUGCUUUAACCAUUCCUGAAAAAUGUGAAGACGACUUGCCACUAAAGCUAAAUUGCCAAGUUUCAGAUUUGAAGGCAAAAAGUUUGGGAAUAAAUUUCAUUCCCUUGGAAGUGAAUCUGAGAGACACUGUAGAAAGCUUGAAGGAGAAGGGUCUUUUUAACAUCUAA